GAUAAUCAAASAUCAUCUAACGACCAGCAAGCAACUGGGAAGUACAGUACGUCUAAUAGUCUACCAUCACACUCAUAAUAYAAGUGUCAAAAUGAAGUUUUCCGCUGCUGUUUCCUUUUUGUGUCUCGCAUCUGCCUCGGCAUUUGCUCCAAACAGAGUAAAGACGUCCGUAAGUUUACUUCGGAACUGGGAGGUUGRCAAACAUGACCAAACAUGUUUCAAGUCCACAAAGAAUUUGAAAACUGCAAACAGCGUCUCGAGUUCUUCUUCGUAGCGAUUUAGAGAUUUACGGGACGGAGGUUUGACCCAAAAGGGAACRAAAGUGGUUCUCGUAAAAUAGUUUGAGUUGAUCAUCUAACCUGUUUCUUUCGAUGUGAAUGAUCUGUCACUGUGGGAUUCAUGUCGGCAUUGGGGGAUCUAGAGUACWAGAUUGUACGAAACUGCCGACGCAAACCAAAACGUUUUCGGAACCAAGUCGUUGGAUUUCCAAGGAAAUGAMAAUGAUGAUUCUUUCAAGACUGUCCGACUUCGAGAUCGUUUGAACGAGGCCGAUAUCGAACGGCGUAAGGAAGAGGAUGAAGCUGCUGCACGUGAACGCGCUGCUGAGAUCGCACGGGAAGAGCGCCUUGCCAAAAUCGCRUACAUGGAGAACAUGGCUGACGAUACACCCGCCGGAACUGGUGAGUUAGGAAUUUAAUUGCUACACAACUUARAGAGUGGAUUGGCGGUAAUUCCGAUUUKUGUGAAUUUGCUCUGUUUAUACUAACUGAGCGUGUUUCUUGCCCAUACCCAACGAACACAGUUGACGAGUUCAUGUUCAAAGAGGGUGUCCAGGCUCAGCUYGACAAACUUGACCAGGAACUUGUUGGUCUGAUCCCCGUCAAGAAGCGUGUUAAGGAAAUUGCCGCUUUGUUGGUUCUUGACAAAAUGAGACGCAAGCUUGGUUUCGAGACUGCUGUUCCUUCGCUUCACAUGUGCUUCACUGGAGCCCCUGGUACCGGUAAGACCACUGUCGCCGUUCGAAUGGGUCAAAUUCUUGCGAAGAUGGGAUACUCCCGUCAAGGGCACGUYGUCCUCGCCACUCGUGAUGAUCUUGUCGGUCAAUACGUUGGCCACACCGCCCCUAAGACAAAGGAGAUGAUCAAAAAGGCUAUGGGAGGUGUUUUGUUGGUCGAUGAGGCUUACUACCUCUACAAUGCAGCCAACGACCGUGAUUACGGUCAAGAAUCUAUCGAAAUUCUUCUUAAUGUCAUGGAAAACCAACAAGAUGAUCUUGUGGUUGCUCUUGCCGGAUACAAAGACCGCAUGGACACAUUCUUCUCUUACAUCCCAGGUAUGAUGUCCCGUAUCGGAAACCACAUUGAUUUCCCUAACUACAGUGCCGACGAACUUGUCGAAAUUGCUGCUGUCAUGGCCCACCAAUUGGAAUAUGAUAUCGACGAUGAUGCCUACCCUGUAUUYAAGGAUUACAUUUCGAGACGUAUGGAACUGCCUUUCUUCUCAAAUGCUCGUACUGUGAGAAAUGCUAUGGAUCGCGCCCGAAUGAACUCUGCUAUCCGAACUUUCGAGCGAUUCGCCAUCAAUGGAGAAAACGGUGGAGUGUGCUCCGUCCACGACCUGAAGGCAAUCCAAGCGACUGACUUCCAAAUUCUACUUGACGAUAUCGUAAACGCCGAUACGGACAAACGCAUUUUCGCCUAAACACGGUCAAUGUACCGUAUACAAAAAGCAAAAAGCUGAUUAGGUUAAUCUAGUCCUAAAAUUUCUUUCCUCUYUCAAUAAUUUUUAAUUUCGAUU